AGCAGCUGCGAGGACGCGGGCCGAGCCGGAAGCAGAGUACGCGGCAGCGCGAGCUGGGCCGGCGGGCGUGGUUUGAGACCGCGCAAAGUCCAGGCGGGCGGCAGGGCCCGAGGGGCCGCUGGCCGCGGGCGGGCGACCUGCAGCGUCACUGGUCUCUCCAGCCCUCACUCAGGACCGCACAUCGCAAGGACAGCGACAACCAAGUCUUCGCCCGUAAGCGGUGGCUCACGACUGUAGUCCCAGGGAUGCCGAGGAGGGAGGAUCGUUUGAGUCCAGGAGUUGAGGGCUGCAGUGAGCCGUGAUCGCGCCACUGCACUCCAGCCUGGGCGACAGAGUGAGACCCUGUCUCUUAACAAAAGAAAGAACCUCUUCAAGCAUGGAGCCGUGCAGCUGGAUUUGGCUUUCUGUCGCUCUCUCUACAGGGUACAGAUAGUGACAAGACCCUCCCCUCCCCUGGGCUCGACCCCUCUCUACAGCUAGGAGCCAAUGGCAGAAGACAGAACCAAACCCACUGAGCUGGACCAAGGGAAGUAUGAUGCUGAUGACAACGUGAAGAUCAUCUGCCUGGGAGACAGCGCAGUGGGCAAAUCCAAACUCAUGGAGAGAUUUCUCAUGGAUGGCUUUCAGCCACAGCAGCUGUCCACAUACGCCCUGACCCUGUACAAGCACACAACCACGGUAGAUGGCAAGACCAUCCUUGUGGACUUUUGGGACACGGCAGGCCAGGAGCGGUUCCAGAGCAUGCAUGCCUCCUACUACCACAAGGCCCACGCCUGCAUCAUGGUGUUUGAUGUACAGAGGAAAGUCACCUAUAAGAACCUGAGCACCUGGUACAUGGAGCUUCGGGAGUUCAGGCCAGAGAUCCCAUGCAUCGUGGUGGCCAAUAAAAUUGAUGCAGACAUAAACGCGACCCAAAAAAGCUUCCAUUUUGCCAAGAAGUUCUCCCUGCCCCUGUAUUUCGUCUCAGCUGCUGAUGGUACCAAUGUUGUGAAGCUCUUCAAUGAUGCAAUUCGAUUAGCUGUGUCUUACAAACAGAACUCCCAGGACUUCAUGGAUGAGAUUUUUCAGGAGCUCGAGAACUUCAAGUUGGAACAGGAAGAGGAGAAUGUGCCGGACCAGGAGCAGAACAGCAGCAUGGAGACCCCAUCAGAGGCGGCGGCCUCUCCCCACAGCUGAGGGCCUGGGGCUAGGGGUGGGUGGAGCCUUUUUAAAAUACCCUUCCCUUCAACAGCUCUCCAGCUCUGAAUGGAGGAACUCUCUAGGCCAUCCCCUCUUCUACCUCCUGCAACCCAUCCAUCCAAUUAGCCUCCCACAUUCAAGGCCCUUAAUGCAGGGAUGAGGUCAGCACCAGCAAACUCUGGACUGGUGGAAGAAGUCCUCACCAGAUCUCCUUGAAGCAGAAUUAGGGAUCAGUAUCAUUAACACCUUCCCCACCCCCUCCCCCCAGGCGGGCAGUGAAGAGACUCAGAAAACAUGAUUAUGUGCCACUUUAAUAAAGGAAAUUUAGGCGUUUUUGGUUUUUUUGUUUGUGUUUUUUUCCUUUCCAAAGCUCACCUCAGGGACAAUUCCUUGUGCUUCUGCCAAGGUAAUGAUUAACCCCCACCCACAGCUGAAUCUGUGAGACCCCUUUCUUUCCCUGUGUGGUCUCCCAUCAGUUUUCCUCUUCAUUCUCCCAAUCAUCUGGUUGGUUGGUUGGUUUGUUCGUUUGGAGACAAAGUCUCGCUCUGAGUUGCCAGGCUGGAGUUUUGUGGCGCAAUCUCAGCUCACUGCAACCUCUGACUCCCUGGUUCAAACGAUUCUCCUGCCUCAGCCUCCCGAGUAGCUGGCAUCACCACACCCAGCUAAUUUUUGUAUUUUUAGUAGAGACGUGAUUUCACCAUGUUGCCCAGGAUGGUCUUGAUCUCCUGGCAUGAUCUAGCCGCCUCGGCCUCCCAAAGUGCUGGGAUUACAGGCGUGAGCCACUGUGCCCAGCACCAAUCGUCUGUUUUUAAACAAAUAUUUUUGAGCAGAUAGCUAUUCAUUCCAGAUUUCUGUGUAACCACGCUGUUUCAGGAGCUCUUCUAGGUAAAGCUGAGAUCACAGGAACAUUAGAGUUAAGUAAAAGCAGGUGACAGGCUUAGCUAUAGUUAGGAAUACACAAGCUUUGUUGGUUAAAUCCAGAGUCCUUACAGCCACACCACAAGGUACAACCAGUUGGACUAUAAGAAGCGCUUCCUUUAAAGUUCCUAUUUCAGCAUAAAGAGGCUGUCCUUUUUCUUUUUGAGGAAUAGUUUUUACCUCAUGCCUCCUGUGGGAGGCUGACGACUGCAAGAGAAGAGCUAGCAGAUACGCCUGUUCACCCCUCUCUGGUACUUGUGGCUUGCUAGUAUGUUGUUAUUAUAAUCUCGGACAUUGUUUGCAUUGUGUUUAUUAAUAGGGUUUUGUUUUUAUUGUUUCUUUUUUCACGGUAAAGGCUGAAUUACAUA